AUGCUUUCCUGUUCAUUGACAGUGCAUUGCUUCGUCCUCACAUGUAUGGCGGUUAGUGGGACACGUGUGUCAACAGAUCUAGGUAUCAGAGACGCCGUAAAGUGGGGAAAGUCAAAAUCGACACACGAGAUGGUCAUUGACGCUGUCAAGCGAGCUUGCAUCGAAGACUUCGGAAGGGAGUACGAGAACAUGUUGAGGUCUGAGCGUCCAGAUCUCCUCCCGACUGAUUCUCGUGAAGUGUUAUUCGACCUACUCGGGCAGCGAUGGGCCCUCGAGGAUGCGGUUGCUGUGGAUCCCGGCAACAAGACGCUCAAGGAAGAGUUAGGUGUCGCAAAGGCAAUGAUUAAGAACAGGCUGUUUUCCGUGACUUACGUCGGCCACAUGUGCGGGAAAUAUUUGAAGCAGCCCAGGGAAGAUGUGGUCAGGGAUUGUGUGCUUGGUCACGUCGAGAAUGCCACGACCGUGAAGCGGAGCAGCAUGGUUGGUGGAUUUCCCUACGUUGACGCUUGA